GCUUUAUUCUGUUUGAAUGAGGAAAACAUCGAGUCUGCCUGCCCUGAAAGCUGUCACAUGGGGCCGAGGAGAGGAAAAAAAAAAACGCUUCCUGAAAUGAUCCUCGUCACUGGCUCAGUUGUGUUUUGGGUUUUGGGUUUAUUCCUCUCUGACAUAUCAUCGCGUUUGGUUUCCCGUCCGGUUCUUUUACGCAGUCGGUGCCGAUGAUGAUCAGCAAAGUGAAAAACGCCAUGUCCACUCUGGUGGGAGGGAUGAUGCCGCACGGACACCACCACCACCACAACCAUCACUCAGGUGGCGGCCAGCCCGGCGGACCGGACAGCCUGCCGCCGCGCUUCCCUUACGGCCGGCCGGAUUUCUUGGACCUCACCCCGGAGCUCCUGCAGUACUCCACCGAGCACGCGUCACGGCCGGUGCUCACCCUGAAGAGAGACAGCAGGCUGCACUGGCGGACGGGAUACGCAGAGGUGAUCAAUGCGGGGAAGAGCAUGCUGAACGAGGACCAGGCCUCUUGUGAGAAGCUGUUCGUGAAGAAGCCGAGUGGCAAACAUCGUAACUCGUCUAUGCUGGAGGACAACGGGGAUGGUACAGGAAUCCCUCUCAACUUUUGGGGCGUGUUUGAUGGACAUGCAGGCUCUGGAGCCGCCAUCAUGGCCUCCAAGCUUCUCCACCGCCUCAUCAGAGACCGUUUGGGAGAAAUCUGUCACCUGCUGGAGAACCCCAACAGUGCACCUCCCAUCUGCCUCGCCAAGAACGGCAGCACGUACCAGGCGGACACGAAGAAGGGGGCCGCACAGGAGACGGAAGACCCCGAUGCUGUCACCGACUCCUCGGUGCGCUUUCACAUGGAGAAGGUUGUCAGUUUGGAGAGCCUGGUGAUGGGAGUCAUACAGACCGCCUUCACACAGAUGGAUGACCUGAUUGAAAAGGAAAAAACAUCAUAUGCCAUCUCCGGUGGAUGUUGUGCCUUAGCAGCCAUUAAUUUAAUGGGGAAACUCUAUGUAGCCAAUGCUGGAGACAGCAGGGCCAUAAUCAUCCGAAAUAAAGAAGUUAUUCCGAUGACAAAUGAAUUCACACCGGAGUCAGAGAGACAGCGGCUACAGUAUCUGGGCUUCCUGAGGCCGGAGCUCCUGGGUAAUGAGUUCACUCACAUUGAGUUCCCUCGCAGAAUCCAGCACAGCGAGCUGGGCAAAAAGAUGCUCUACAGAGACCACACCAUGACUGGCUGGGCUUAUAAGACGAUUGUUGAGGAUGAUCUGAAAUUCCUGAUAUAUGGAGAGGGUAAAAAGGCGCGCGUCAUGGCGACAAUCGGAGUGACCCGUGGGCUGGGAGAUCAUGACCUGAAGGUGUACAACUCCAACAUCUAUAUCAAGCCCUUCCUCUCAUGCGUCCCUGAGGUGAAGGUUUAUAACAUGGAUGAAAACAAACACGGCCCAGACGACGUCUUGGUCAUGGGCACAGAUGGAUUGUGGGACGUAACAACGGACGGGGAAGUGGCAGAUGCUGUGUCAGCUUAUUUGUCCUGCUGCGACCCCUCUGAUCCCAUGAGGUACACUCUGGCAGCCCAGGACCUGCUGAUGAGGUCACGAGGCGUGCUGAAAGAGCGCGGCUGGCGGCUGCCCAACGAAAGACUGGGCUCAGGCGAUGACAUCACUGUGUUUGUCAUCCCGCUGGCGGAGUCGGAGACAUGACGAGGUGUUGUAGCAACAGGGAUGACGCCUUUAGGGUCCCUCCCCGCGGUCCCUCCAAGCUCCCCAAACCCUCGACCGGCGGCGGCGGCGGCGGGAGAAGAAAGCAGCUUUGUCAUCGGGGAGACUCGGGUCUGAGCAGCACCUUCAUCCACCCAAGACUGCACCCAGACCGAGUCGCUUCACUCCAACCCAGCCCAGGAUCAUAUCAUUUGGUCGGUAUCAGUCAUGUAACAAAAAGACUUUCAGUGACAUCAUAAGAGACGUCACAUUCCUCCUCCCAGACCUGCUGUUUGUGACGGUCGCCAGUGAGAAUUCAACCUCUUGUAGUAUUUUUGUUUCCUGUUUAUGUUGUUCAAGGCUGAACCGCUCCUCAAUCCUUUGAAUGGGUUGUUCAUUUUCAUAUCAUACCCUGAAUGUGACUCCCUUUUGUAAAAAAAAAAACUAAGAAAAAAACAGCCUUCCGCAGUUUAACAAUCAAUUUAGGGGAAUGCAGUAAAGAAUGUGAGGAAAUCAAAGAGAUGCCGUUAUGGCAUAGGGAUGGAAAUCUGUAAAAAACCAAAAAAAACAUAAAAGAUAAACAAAAAUAUCAUUAGAUUCAUGUCUGUACAUAAAAAAAAUGCAUGUAGGGAGUAAAAACAGUGGAAUGGACCUUUUUUUAGCACUGGACUCAAACAGAAUCAGUUGAGUCUGUAUUGCUGUACUUCCUGUGUUAAUUGAUAAAUGAAUGACGACAACAAAGACGGCUGCACAUGCUCCGUGUUAGCUUGUUUGUUUGUGAUAUCUUCUUAUUGAAUGUGCUCAUAAAUGAUUUAUUUUAUUUUUGUCUUUACAUUAAAAAAAAGGUUACACUUGUGAUCAGUUAAAAAAAAAAAAAUAUGAAGAAAAAAAAGGAUAAUUUGUUUAAUUUAAUUACGUUUUUUUAUUUUUUAACUCUCAGAGGAGAAAGUAUUGUGUUCUCAGUAAAUGUCUCGGUAUAGUAAGAUGUGAUAAACUUCACACAUAUGCCUUAUUAAGAGAUGUUUUUUCCCCCUCAGAUGCACUAAAUUUGGUCUUUGUAGAAGAACAUUGUAUGCCCUUUAAUGUACCGUAUACCUCUUUUUUUUAUCAUUAUUGUUAUGUUAUUUAGAUUAGCCAUAUAUUUUUGAAGACAAUUUUGGUUGUAAGCAGUAUCAGAAGUUUUAUUUUUAUGUUUCUAUCCAUUAACUGUGUGGUUAGAGAGAUGACGUGUCCUAGAAUGUGAGGUAGAGGGAUAAUGUAUACCAGCUUGGAAAUAAAUCUGAUUUUUCCCAUUU